CCGAGCUUAAGUAACUGUGAGAGCAGAGUUAGCGUCAGUAAAAUAAGGAGGUACUGAAUCAGUAUCACAGUUACUGAAUCAUAAAUACAAUCCCAGUAAGAUGUCCAAUCGGUUGGAGUCGCUAAACUCCAAAAAGGCUCCUAGUCCUGCCCCUAAAGUGGCUCUUAAAUUCAAACCUAAAGUAGUACCUCGAAAGAGUAAAGAAGAAAGAGCUAAAGAUGCUCCAAUACAAGUUAAGGAAGAACUGUCAGGACGUUUACCUGCUGGAAAUGGUAGAGGAAGAGGUAGUGGACGAGGUAGAGGUCGAGGAGGUCGGAAUAACUAUGCCGGAACUCAUUUAGUACUGUCCGGACCAUUAUCUUCAGGUUCAGUAUCUUUAGGUAAUGCUAGUGGAUCUAAACUAGGGUUCACUAAAGAUCGAGCUUAUAAUACCAAUUCCGUAUCUUCUACUCCGGAAUUCAUCCAGAAUCUCAGACUUAAAGAGGGAACUAGUAGUAAAUCUCCAGGCAUUAGUGGGAAUGGGAAUGGUAAUGGUAAUGUAGCGGAUGAGUCCGAUGACGAUGAUGAUAUAACCAAGAUCGAUAUGACAAAACAGUAUCGAUUUAAUGAAGAGGAUACACAGCUAUUCCCGGUCAGACCAGAGCGACAGGAUGACCAGGGAGUUAGUGCACCAGCUUCACGAGAGAGUACACCAGUAAAGGAAGAGAUGAUAGAUGAUGGAGCAGUAGCAGUUGCAGUUGAUACACCACAGCCAGAAGUUCCCGCAGCUUCAGCAGCAGCCCAAUCGUAUCCCUCUAAUGAAGAGCACGAUAAGUUACUCACAGACCAUCAUCACAUUGUGGAUCUUCUAGCUGACCGAAUGUCGGAAUUGAAUACCGACAAUGACCAGGAAGAUGAAGAAUUUAUCUUAUUCCAAUUACCCAAAAUCUUACCCCAGUACCAACCAAAGUCCACUGUUAAGGCAGAAGAUCCUACACAAAAUGAUUCUCCACCAUCACCACAUAUCCAUGGCCACAUUGGUCACUUCAACAUCCACCAAUCAGGGAAAGUCUCUAUAAAUAUCGGUAAUGAUAUCAAUUUAGAUGUCACUAAUGGAGCUCCUACCACUUUCCUACAAGAACUUAUAGUGCUUAAUGUCCCCGAAACUGAGCUGGUCCAAUCAGAUCCUGAUGUAGAGAUGGCUAACGAACAAGGCCAAAAAGUUAAGGGCAAUAUCAUCCGUCUAGGGAAGGUGGACGGUAAGAUCAUUGCCACUCCAUCAUUUGUUUAGAUCUAGAUAUAUAUAUAUAUACUAAUUCUAUACAUUACUAAUAAUAUUUGCAUAUAUACACUU